UAAUGUUAUGGAGACUUUUAUUUUGACGGAUGUUUUUAGAGAACAGCGAACAGGAAGUAAAUUCGUCAACGUUAUGAGAAAAUAUUAAAAUAGUUUUUAAUCAACCUGGAUAGGUGUAUAGCGGAGAAGUUCCUUAAACUAUUAAUACACUGCACACAGGAUGAGUAUGAAUGACUUUGCUGUUCUCAGCACUGGACGAAAGAUGCCCCUUGUGGGACUUGGGACGUGGAAGAGUGAACCAGGACAGGUAAAACAAGCAGUUAUUUGGGCACUGCAAUCUGGCUAUCGGCACAUUGACUGUGCUCCCAUUUAUGGGAAUGAGCCAGAGAUCGGUGAAGCAUUUCAGGAAAUGAUGGGACCUGAAAAAGGCAUAAGGCGGGAGGAUGUAUUUGUGACCUCCAAACUGUGGAACACAAAACACCACCCAGAUGACGUGGAACCAUGUUCACCCAAAAAUUUAAAACAAAGAAAUUCAUCAGUUGCAAGCAUCAAACCAACUGUUUUGCAGGUGGAGUCCCAUCCAUACCUUGCACAGGUUGAGCUGUUGGCUCACUGCCGGGAUCGGAGUUUGGUGAUGACCGCCUACAGUCCGCUAGGAUCUCCUGACCGAGCCUGGAAGCAUCCAGAGGAGCCUGUGCUGUUGGAGGAACCAGCCAUUGCUGCACUAGCCAAGAAAUACAACAAGACUCCUGCACAAAUUAUCAUCAGGUGGCAAACUCAACGAGGAGUAGUGACUAUCCCAAAGAGCAUUACAGAGUCUCGGAUCAAAGAGAAUAUCCAGGUGUUUGAUUUCACACUUGAACCUGAGGAAAUGAAUCAAGUGACAGCAGUGCACAGAGGCUGGCGUUACAUUGUGCCAACCAUUACUGUUGAUGGCAAGUCUGUCCCCCGGGAUGCAGCACAUCCUCACUACCCUUUUAAUGACCCCUAUUAAUGCACACUUCUGUGUGAUUCUGUGCCUUGGAACCAAUGCCUAUUCACUACUCUGUAUACUUCUAAACAUAAUAAAACCUUUUUGUUACAUAUUGAAA